AUGGCUGACCAUAAGCUAUAUCCCCAGACUACACCAGUGAAGAAGACGAAACCGCCACCAUACAAUAGAAGGCAGAUGUCCGACAUAGCCACCCGUACCGACUAUCUUACACCCCAGAAUACGUUUCGCGCAGAUCGCUUGAACAGUCCUGAAUCCUUUUCUACUAUCUUAAACAACGAGACUCUCAAAGCUCUCGUGAAACUAUUCAGCGACACCCCAACGACGAAGUAUGAUUUGCUCGUCAAGCUGCUCAAUCUCGCAAGUUCCCUCAUACACGCCGAAUGGGCACAAAACAAGGACCUGAUUGUCUUCCGUGACAACCAUUCGUACUCGCCGACGAAUCAUCCCAACGACAGCAGAGCCGGGGAACCAGACAUCGUCACUAUCCUGGAUCUCAUCAACAAACUCAUCGAAAAGGACAAAACGAAGCGCAUUCCAUGGCACCUCGUGAUAUCCCCCGUCGAAGAGAAAAGAGAAGCAGACAGCCAGGACGGCCCCGCUCAGUCUGCCGCUUACCUGGCCUUCGCUAAUCAAUCUCGUCCCGACAUGGUUGGUAUGUACGGGAUCUCGAUCUCGCCGAAGGGGUACGUUAUUCAGUACAGCUGCCCUGCCGGCCUCGAGACGUCCGAAGAGUUCAAGUGGAACGACAUCACUCCCCUGCUGUCAUACAUUUACACGCUGUAUAUCCCUCGCAGGGACUUCCCAUCUCGCGACCUGAGCAUCAGUCUGGCUGACAGCGCCGAUCCCCUUGGAACUCCCACAUGGAAUAUCCGCGACGGUGACAAGGUCUAUGAAAACUGCGCCGUCAAAGUCGUCGGAGACCCAUGGCGUCGGAUGACCUGGGUAGCAAGGGUCGGCACGUCGCCGAUUACGAUCAAGGACUCGUACCGCGACGCUCAUGCGAGCUUCAGAGAAGGCGAGCUUUACGACAUCCUUCAGAGAGAAGGGCCCGCUCCUGGAUUCUUGCGCGUGAAGAAGGAGUACGAUGUUCUAUGCGAACGCGGUCGUCCCAUAACAGUCACCGUUCGCAGAACCACACGCAUCAAGACUCGACUCAUCAUGCAUACGUGGGGGGAAUCUCUCCGUAAAUGCCCUAGCCUGAUCGACUUUGCCAAAUGCAUGUACGACAUUCUCGAAGCCCACCGAUGGGCAGUCCUGGAACGCAAUAUUCUCCAUCGUGACAUUAGUCAUGGUAAUAUCUUCGUUCAAGCCGAAGACUUCAAGGAGGAAGACGAAAAAGAGUUCGCCGGGAAGGAACUUAGGCCGAUUUUCGUCAAUGAGAUCCUGGAGAAUAUGAAGGAUGCCGAUCCCAUGGCUCGCCUUGGCGAUAUGGAUAACGCGGCAGAGCUUGAUCGCGACAAGGCGGUAUCACCCUCGUUCGUCGCAAGGAGAAACACCUUGAGAAUGAAUGAUGAACCCCUGCGUUUUCGGACGGGUACACCAAAGUUCAUUGCUCGCUCGCCUGCUGUUGGCCGCUUGCUUGUCACCAACCUAGCUUUCCGUCGCAUGCCCCAACUCGGAGGCGAACUCGCCGAGAAAUACCGUAAAGCGUACUCCAAUGAUCCGUCUGGCUUGCGCAAAUUGGUUGACGACCGCUCCACCAAGCAUGGGGGCGUUUACGAUGCAGACCAAGUCGAGGAGAAGUACGAGGCAAACCCAGAGCUGAUAGCCACAGAGUUUGAGCAUCAUCCGCGACAUGAUGCAGAGUCCGUGUUUUGGUGCAUGGUCGUGUUCCUGCUGGUUGCUGUGCCCUUGGGAAGCCCAGACGAAGUUAUACCUAAUGAUCCAGACGAUUUCCCGCUGUUUUGUGCGUGGAGGCAUAUUGCCAAUCAUCAGGUCGGCCCUUCGCAAGAUAUAUGUGAUAGUCGGGCGGGUCUGCUCGCUGGAGGCAAACUGUGGAAUGAGUGGUUGCAUCCCGACCUCGCUCAUGCUGGGCCUCUUCUUGCGUCGUUGGCGUCUCAGGUUUCCCCAGAGUGGGCCCUUCUGGACCCGCCACCCCGCGCCCUCCACCUCCACGAAGCAAUGCAACGUAUCAUCCUCAUACACAUCGAUUCAUGGAAAACGGGCAAUCUCGAUGUCAAAUUCGAUACGGGGAGAGUUCGCCCAACGCACCCCCCAGAUACCCGCACGGUUCCCCAAAUAUGCGUAACGCCGAGUAUCGAUGGACAGCACAUCGCCGCCGGCGCACUCAAAACCAAGCGACAAUCGGAACACCUGGGGCCGAAUGAGGAGUCCCAAGCAAAGAGGCGACGAAUGGCAAAGCAACAGGAUCCAGUCGUGCCUCAGAGCCUCCCCACGACCCCACGCCUGGCAAUGGGACGGCUUGAGCUCCCGUUUGAUACCGAUACAGUCUACGAUAACCUUACUUCGACACCAGGUUUGGCCUCUGCACGCUCGCUUCCCUUUGAUCAUGAUUCCAGCACUUGA